GACGAUGUGGCAACUCCGUUAAGAGGCGCACGUGCGAUUUUGUUUUAGUUUGCUCGUGUAAAAAUGAAGUUGACUACGAAAAAAGUUAAGACCCUGGGCAAGUCCAAACCAGGAGUAAGCAAAAAGAAGUCCCCAAAAGAUAUCCUAAAAGGGAUAAAAUCUAAGAAGGUGGAAAAAUCUUCAGAGUCCAAAGCUGUCAGCAAGAAACCCAAGCAAAAAGCCACUGGACCAUUGAAAAAUGGGAAGUCUGCAAAGAAGGGCUCCAAGAAAUCACAUCAGGAGGAGUUAGAAGGGCUCAAGGAUCUAGACCCGGAGUUCUACGAUUUCCUUAAAAAAAAUGACAAAAAGUUGCUGGAAUUCAAUUUACUGGACAGCGAUGAAGAGGAAGACGAGGAGGAGAUAGUUAAGGGCAAGAAGGCGUCUGCAGAAAGUGAAGACGACGAGGAUGACGAAGAGAAGUAUCAUAAACCCAGCGAGGAUUUGGCUGUGGCAAGCGAUGAGAGUGAUUUUGAGGAAGAGGAUGAAGUCGAAACUGGUGGCACUCAGAAGAUCACACUCAACCUGUUGCAUCAGUGGGAGCAACAAUUGGGCCAGUCCAACGUCUCAAUCGACGUUGUUCGCAAGGUGAUUCAGGCCUUUAAUUCAGCCUUGGCCAGCAUAUCAGCCGAUGGAGCAGACGGCGGCGAAAACCAGCCUAAUGCAGCCGCCUUCAAAGUUGUGGGAGCAGCCGCCUUUAAUGGAGUCAUCCAGCUUUGCGUGAUCCACCUGCAGCCUGCCAUUAUUCGAUUACUGGGCGUUAAGCCCAACAGCAGCUUACCUCUGCACAAACACAAGAAGUGGGUCAAAGUACGCGGCUGCCUGCGCUACUACCUCACCGAUCUAAUACGUCUAGUAGAACAGGUGUCCAGUCCCAAUAUUUUGGGUGUGUUGUUAAAGCAUUUGCAUCAAAUGGCCGGCAUGGUGGUACCCUUUUCUGCACUUGGAAAGACCAUCCUGAAACGUCUGGUUGUUCUGUGGGCGACUGGGGACGAAACUGUCCGUGUACUGGCCUUUCUUUGCAUCCUGAAGAUAACCAGAAAACAGCAGGCUACCAUGCUAAACCACGUUUUAAAAGCCAUGUAUUUGGCCUAUGUAAGGAAUUCCAAGUUCGUAUCCCCUAACACCUUGCCUGGAAUUAACUUUAUGCGCCGCUCUCUGGUGGAGAUGUUCGCUUUGGAUUUGAACAUCAGUUAUCAACAUGCUUUCCUUUACAUCCGUCAAUUGGCCAUUCACCUGCGAAACGCUGUAAUACUAAAAAAGAAGGACAGCUUCCAAGCGGUAUACAAUUGGCAAUUCAUUAACUCCCUGCGUCUGUGGGCAGAUCUUCUCGGAGCAAGUGCAAACAAACCGCAGCUGCAGCCUCUGGUGUAUCCUCUGGUUACUAUUGCCACUGGAGUGAUUCGACUAAUACCCACCGCUCAAUACUUCCCGCUGCGUUUCCACUGCCUGCAGACACUUAUUACACUGGCCAAGGAAACCAAUACAUAUGUGCCUGUGCUUCCGCUUAUUGUGGAGGUAUUAAAGAGCAACACCUUUAAUCGUAAGCACUCGUCAGUCUCCAUGAAGCCACUGCAGUUUACUUGCAUCCUAAGGCUCAACAAAGGGCAGUUGGCGGAAAAUGGUUUCCGGGAUGAAGUGAUCGAGCAGGUAUGUGGUCUCCUGCUAGAGUAUCUCGCUCAUGAGUCUGCCUCUCUGGCCUUUAGCGACUUAGUAGUGCCCACUGUAAUUGCCAUCAAAGCGUACCUAAAGGAUUGCCGGAAUUCUAACUACGCCCGCAAGCUGAAGCAGCUUCUGGAAAAGAUCCAGGAAAGUGGCCGUUUCAUAGAACAGCAUCGCGGCAAGAGUAGCGUUACCUUUGACAUAAAGGAUGCUCAAGCGGUGGCCGCUUGGGAGCAACAACUUCGCAUGAAGCGAACGCCCCUAGACAUUUACUACUCCAGCUGGCUAAAGACGCACGAGACAAAGAAGCGGCGACAGGCGGCACAGACGGACGAAAUAAAUGCUGACUAUGAUGUUCCUAAGCUAAAGAAGCUGCCUGCGAAAUCGGGAGUGCCUGUGAGAAAUGAGAAUGGCGAGAUCGAGCUAUUCCCAUCAGAUUCGGAAGAUGAAGGUGAUGAUGGCCUGAACGUGGAAUCAGAUAAUGAUGACGAUGAAGGCGAGGAAGUAGAGGAGGAGGAAGUAGAGGUGGAGCAGCCCAAAGCCAAGAAGGCGAAGAAGGAUAAGCACGAGGAAGUGAAAUCACAGCCAGCAGCAGUCGAAGAUGAUUACGAUGAAACUGGUGGAGCCGUGGACAUAGUAAAGGACUUAGAUUUGAACGAUUGGUAG